ACUGAAAGGCAAUAAUAGGAAAUAAUAAUAGGAAGCCAAUAUACUCUUUUGCAUAUCGAAUCGAAUAGUUACAUAAGUUGGCUAGCUUAGAACUUAAAAGGCACUUUAAAUUGCAAAUGUGCAGCAGUUCAACGACUCGUUGCGACUCGUCUCGCAACUUUCUAUUGACCCAGCCUAAUCAGAGAAAUGCUAUAAAAACGCUGAGAACUGUUUGUGCGCGCCCAGUAUUAGCAUAAAUUCACUAGAGCUGCCAUAAAACAUGUUUCGAUUGUGCUUACUUUGGGUGCUGUGCUGCGCCGGCAGCUGGAGCUGGAGCGCACCAGCGAGCGGCAGCGGGAGCGGCAAUGAGGGGCAACAGCUGGUGCCGAUCAUCAAGUCGCUGGCGGAGCAAAAAAACGAUGGCUCCUAUUUCUUUGCCUACGAAGGCGCCGAUGGCAGCUACCGUGAGGAGGUGGGCAUCGUGAGGCGCACUGGUAAACAUAAUGAUGAUGAUGAUGAUGACGAUUAUGACGAUGCGGAGCUGGAAAUCUCUGGCGUUUAUCGCUAUAUCGACAGCCAGGGCGAGCGUGUGGAGGUCAGCUAUACGGCCGACAAGAAUGGCUUUGUGCCCCUAGGCACGAACAUACCCAAGGAAAUAACAGAGACGGCGCGUAAUGCGGUCCAGUCGCUGGAGGUGCGAGCGGGCAAGAAGAGUUAAGAGUUAAGGUUAUGGCUGAGGCAAUUGCACAGCUAUAAACUGUUAUAUGUUGCAGUUGCGAGUGACAAAAUGAGCUGUACCAGAACAAGAAAUACUACCAAAUUUUAUAAAAAAUUACAAUUUUUAUAUAAUUUUAAGAAUAAUAAGAAUUGUCGAUAUUGAUAUUUGUGCAUUAAAAAGUACCAUUUGGUACCAUAAAAAAGUC